UCAUGGCUGCUGUGUCUACUCUCUCAAGUAACGCUCAGAUUGGACACUGACUCGAUUUCUACCUUCCAGUGCCUCUUAACUUUUGGUGUACAUCAACUUCGCUUGGAUGCAAAUCACGUUCUACACUUUGUUGUCCCCCCUGGUUUCAUUUAGUGGGAUAACCUUCACCAAUCACUCCCUCCACUGGGCCUUUUUUUUUACCCCAAAAACCAACUGCCAGCCAACAACAGCUCCCAGUGCAAUGGUUUGACUCAGUUUUCCUCUUCAUGAACAAUGUGUGAAAACUGCGCCGAGCUGGUGGAGGUUUUAAAUGAAAUAUCGGAUGCAGACGGCAGUGAAGGAGGCUUCCAGCUGAAGAAGGAACAUGCCCUGCGAGUGCUGGGCUACAUCAGCUCCUGGACACAGAGACAAUGUCUCUGCUGCUUCAAGGAGUACAAGCACCUGGAGGUCUUUAAUCAGCUGGUCUACGCCCUCAUCAACCUGGUCAUCGCUCAGAUCAGCAGCCUGAGAGACCGCCUCUGCAGCGUCCAGGACCACACCCAUAAAGGAGCCGGGGGUGAGGGGGUGGGGUCUGAAUGGAGCGGGAAUGAGGCUGCACCCGGGCCCCUCCCCCAACCGUCCUCACCCGGGGAGGACGAACCUGUGAAUGUGGAGAGAGACUCUGCUGAAGAGGACGCUGACGCCCCCGACCUGAACCAGAAUAAGACCCAGAGCCAGGGUCAAGGGCAGGCUCAGGGGGCCAACCAGCCAUGUGAAGCCCAGAUGGAAGCACUGGGUCCUGGGGAGAGCGGCAGUGGGUCAGGGGAUGGUGAUGGUGGUGUCGGAGCAAGCGGCGGCAGUGACAGCCAGGACCCGUUCAGCUCCUGGAGCACAGAGGAGAGGGAGAAACUGCUGCUGUGUGCCGCCAAGAUCUUCCAGAUCCAGUUCCCCCUCUACACAGCCUACAAACACAACACACACCCCACCAUAGAGGACAUAUCUGCUCAUGAGAGCAACAUCCUCGGCUCCUUCUGCGACAUGAACGACGUGGAGGUUCCUCUGCAUCUGCUGCGUUACGUCUGUCUGUUCUGUGGGAAGCAUGGCCUCUCUCUCAUGAAGGAGUGCUUCGAGUCGGGCACUCCGGAGAGCCUCCCCUUCCCCAUCGCACAUGCCUUCAUCACCAUCGUCUCCAACAUCCGAAUAUGGUUGCACAUUCCUGCGGUCAUGCAGCACAUCAUACCGUUCCGCACCUAUGUAAUACGGUAUCUGUGUAAGCUGUCGGACCAGGAGCUGCGGCAGAGUGCGGCGCGCAACAUGGCCGACCUGAUGUGGAGCACGGUGAAGGAGCCGCUGGACAGCGCGCUGUGCUUCGACAAGGAGAGCCUGGACCUUGCCUUCAAAUACUUCAUGUCCCCCACGCUCACCAUGAGGCUGGCAGGACUCAGCCAGAUCACUAACCAACUCCACACCUUCAAUGACGUCUGCAACAACGAGUCACUGGUGUCUGACACAGAAACGUCCAUAGCAAAGGAACUAGCUGACUGGCUGAUCCACAACAACGUGGUGGAGCACAUAUUCGGACCAAAUUUGCACAUUGAGAUCAUUAAACAGUGCCAAGUGAUCCUGAACUUCUUGGCUGCAGAGGGCCGACUCAGCACGCAGCAUGUGGACUGUAUCUGGGCUGCAGCUCAGUUGAAACACUGUAGCCGUUACAUCCACGACCUUUUCCCUUCACUCAUCAAAAACCUGGACCCAGUGCCUCUCCGUCACGUCCUCAACCUGGUGUCGGGCCUGCACCCCAGCGCCCACACCGAGCAGACGUUGUACCUGGCCUCCAUGCUGAUCAAGGCUUUGUGGAACAACGCCCUGGCGGCCAAGGCCCAGCUCUCCAAACAGAGCUCCUUCGCCUCCUUGCUCAACACCAACAUCCCCAUGGGCAACAAGAAAGGUUCACCGGCCGCCAGUCCGGACAGCAGUGACAACAGCGACACUCAGCACAGCGGAGGCAGUGACAUGGAGAUGGACGACCAGAUGAUGACUGGCAGCAAGAGGAGCCAGCAGAGGCUGUCUGACACAGAGGAGUCGAUGCAGGGAAGCUCUGAUGAGACGGCCAACAGCGUGGAAGAAGGCAGCAGCGGGCCGGGCAGCAGCAGCGGCCGCAGCGAGGCCUCCAGCAACGAAGCUGCCUCCAGCCGAGCAAGCCAAUCAGCUGGAAGCCCCGGCAGUGAAAUGCACUCUGACGACAUGGCGGACAGUGAGGCCUUGAAGGAGGAGGAGGAGGAUGACGAAGAGGAAGAUGAUGAGGAGGAUGAUGACGACGAUGAAGAGGACGAAGAUGAGGGGAACCGGUCGGCUGCCGAAGGCGGGCAGCAGAAGGAGCCUAGGGAGCAGACGGAGUCAAGGAAGAGGAAGGCGGGGGAAGCGCUUGGCGAGGGGUCAAGCCAAGGGGCGGGGCCUAGUGGUUCGGGGGGCGGGUCUAAGCCCAAAGUUCUCCCCUUCAACCCAGAGACGUCUGCUGUCAUGGUUACAGCGGCGUCAACGUCAUUAGAGGGCCGGAUGAGGAUGUUGGACGCUUGUUCUGCGUCGUCGUCUGCUCGGCCCGAGGGAACGGAGCCCCAGCAGCAGCCUCCAGACAUUGGGCCUUCACAGAUGGUCCAGGGGCCUCAGGAGCCUCCGUGCCUGCCGCGGCCGGGGGACUUCCUGGGAGAGGCCAUGGGUAGUGAGCUCUUUAAUUGCAGGCGCUUCAUUGGCCCCCAGCACCACCACCAUCACCAUCAUCACCACCACCAUCAUGAAGGUCCCAUGGUGGAGGACAUGCUGAGUGCUGACGACGUGAGCUGUAGCAGCUCCCAGGUCAGCGCCAAGUCGGAGAAGAACAUGGCCGACUUUGACGGCGAGGAGUCGGGCUGUGAGGAGGAGUUGGUCCAGAUCAACUCCCACGCUGAGCUCAGCUCCCACCUCCAGCAGCACCUCCCCAACCUGGCCUCCAUCUACCAUGAGCACCUGGUGCAAGGUCCGGCCGUCCAUAAGCACCAGUACUCCAGCAGCCAUGCUGUGACUGACAUUAACCUGGACAACGUCUGUAAGAAGGGCAACACUCUGCUGUGGGACCUGGUGCAGGACGAGGACGCGAUUCAUCUGUCUGAGGGUCUAAUCAACGAAGCAGAAAAGCUAUUGUGUUCGCUUGUCUGUUGGUUCACCGACAGACAGAUCCGAAUGCGCUUCAUCGAGGGUUGCCUUGACAACUUGGCCCACCACAGGUCUGUUGUGGUUUCUUUGCGUCUACUACCCAAACUUUUUGGCACUUUUCAGCAGUUUGGCUCCAGCUACGACACUCACUGGAUCACCAUGUGGGCUGAGAAGGAGCUGCACAUGAUGAAGCUGUUCUUCGACAACCUGCAGCACUACAUCCAGGAAGUCCGAGAACACCGGCACAAGUUUGCACUGUACAGCCAUAGUGCGGAGGUCCAGGUCCGUCUGCAGUUCCUCACCUGUGUCUUCUCCACACUGGGAUCUCCAGACCACUUCAGACUGAGUCUGGAGCAGGUGGACAUCCUGUGGCACUGCCUGGUGGAGGACGCCGAGUGCUACGACGACGCCCUGCACUGGUUCCUCAAUCAGGUCCGCAGCAAGGACCAACAUGCAAUGGGCAUGGAGACCUACAAACAUCUUUUCCUUGAGAAGAUGCCCCAGCUGAAGCCAGAGACGAUCAGCAUGACGGGCCUCAACCUCUUUCAGCACCUCUGUAACCUCGCCCGCCUCGCCACCAGCGCACUGGACAACGCCUCCAGCUGUGAGCUAUGUGGGAUGGACCAGCUGUGGGGGAUCGCUCUUAGAGCUCAGUCUGCAGAUAUCAGCCGUGCCGCCAUCCAGUACAUCAACUCCUACUACAUCAACGCUGGUAAGACGGGUCUGGAGAAGGAGCAGGAGUUUAUCAGGAAGUGUAUGGAAAGUCUGCUGAUGGCUUCAGCCAACCUGGAGAAGGACGCCCACUCCAGCCUGACCAGCAUCGAGAGGGGGCUGCUCAUGCUCAAAACACACCUGGAGGCCUUUCGACGCAGGUUUGCGUACCACCUGCGACAGUGGCAGAUCGAGGGAACAGGAAUCAGCAGCCACCUGAAGGCUCUGAGCGACAAACAGUCUCUGCCGCUCAGGAUCGUCUGUCAGCCCGCUGGCCUUCCUGACAAGAUGACGAUCGAGAUGUACCCCAGCGACCAGGUAGCAGACCUGCGAGCUGAGGUGACUCACUGGUACGAGAACCUGCAGAAGGAGCAGAUGAACCAGCAGGCUCAGCUGCAGGAGUUCGGCCAGAGCGGCCGGCAGCCAGGAGACUUCCCAGGGGGUUUGAUGGGACCAGUGCGGAUGAUCUCCUCUGGCCACGAGCUGACCACUGACUACGACGAGAAGACUCUGCAUGAGCUGGGCUUCAAAGACAUGCAGAUGGUGUUCGUGUCUCUGGGAGCUCCUCGGCGGGAGAGGAAAGGGGAGGGCGUCCAGCUGCCGGCCUCCUGCCUGCCUCCUCCCCAGAAGGAGCACAUCCCCAUGCUGCUGCUCCUCCAGGAGCCACACCUCACUACGCUGUUUGACCUGCUGGAGAUGCUAGCAUGCUUCAAACCGCCCAGCGCCAACACCGAGAAGGUCCAUGAAAACCCUGAGAGUGUACGGUGUGAGGAGCUUCACCUCCAUGCAGAGAAUCUGUCUCGUCGGGUCUGGGAGCUGCUGAUGCUGCUUCCUACAUGUCCCAAGAUGCUUCAGGCCUUCCAGAACAUCUCAGACGACACGAAUGGGGAGGGUCUGUGCUGGAAGGAGCUGCUUAGAAUUAAAAGUGCCCACAAGCUGCUGUACGCUCUGGAGAUCAUUGAGGCUCUGGGCAAACCCAACCGACGCAUCCACCGAGAGUCCACUGGCAGCUACAGUGAUCUGUAUCCAGACUCUGAUGACUCCAGUGAGGAUCAGAUAGAAAACAGCAAGAACACCUGGAGCUGCAAGUUUGUUUCGUCGGGAGGCCUCCAGCUGCUCCUGGAAAUCUUCAACUCAGGCAUCCUGGAGCCCAAAGACCAGGAGUCCUGGACCGUGUGGCUGCUGGACUGCCUGGCCUGCCUGCUGAAGUUGAUCUGCCAGUUUGCAGUGGACCCCGCAGACCUGGACCUGGCCUACCACGAUGUCUUCUCCUGGUCCGGCCUCGCUGACAGCCAGCGCAAGCGGGCGUGGCCGGGCAAAUCCCGCAAGUCCACCGUAGAGCACGGGAAAGGUCUGCACAUCCCCCGGCUGACUGAGGUGUUUCUCAGCCUGGUACAGGGCACCAACCUCAUCCAACGUUUGAUCAACGUGGCCUACACCUACGACAACCUCGCACACCGAGUUCUUAAGGCUCAGUCUGACCACCGGUCCCGUCACGAAGUGACUCACUACUCCAUGUGGCUGCUGGUGAGCUGGGCUCACUGCUCCUCCACAGUGAAGUCCAGUCUAGCCGAUAGCGACCACCUUCAUGACUGGCUGAAGAAACUCACCCUGCUGGUGCCUGAGCCGGCUGUGAGACACGAGGCAUGUAACGGCCUCUACAAGCUCUCCCUCUCAGGUUUGGAGGGUGGAGAGUCCAUCAACAGGUCCUUCCUGCUGCUCGCCGCCUCCACGCUCCUCAAGUUCCUGCCUGACGCACAGGCCCUCAAGCCACUCAGGGUGGAGGACUAUGAAGAGGAGCCUCUGUUGAGGACGGGCUGUAAGGAAUACUUCUGGCUGCUCUGUAAACUCAUCGACAACAUCCACGUUAAAGACGCCAGCCAGAAGGUCUCUCCCUCUCUGUCGCUGGCCGGCUCGAUGCAGACCACCCUGCUGGACCUGGACGCUCUCGCCCGACACCUCGCCGACUGCAUCAGGAGCCGUGAGAUCCUAGACCAGCAGGACGGCACGAUCGAGGAUGACGGGCUGACCGGCCUCCUGCGACUCGCCACCAGUGUCCUCAAACACAAGCCUCCCUUCAAGUUCUCCCGCGAGGGUCAGGAGUUCCUGCGCGACGUCCACAACCUCCUCUUCCUCCUGCCCAGCCUGGCCGACAGGGCUCAGCCGAAAUGCAAGUCCCACGCUGCCCGGGCCGCUGCCUACGACCUGCUGGUGGAGACGGUGAAGGGCUCAGUGGAGAACUACCGGCUGCUCCACAACUGGGUCAUGUCACAGCACAUGCAAGCUUCUCAUGCUCCGUAUAAAUGGGACUACUGGCCCCACGAUGACGUUCGGGCUGAGUGCCGCUUCGUGGGUCUGACUAACCUGGGAGCAACCUGUUACCUGGCCUCCACCAUCCAGCAGCUCUACAUGAUCCCUGAGGCUCGCCAGGCCGUCUUCACUGCCAAGUACGCGGAGGAUAUCAAACAUAAGACCACGCUGCUGGAGCUGCAGAAGAUGUUCACAUAUCUCAUGGAGAGUGAGAGGAAAGCAUACAACCCGCGGCCGUUCUGUAAAACCUACACGAUGGACAAGCAGCCUCUGAACACCGGGGAGCAGAAGGACAUGACGGAGUUCUUCACGGACCUCAUCACCAAGAUAGAGGAGAUGUCCCAGGAGCUGAAAAACACAGUGAAGACUCUGUUUGGAGGCGUCAUCACCAACAAUGUGGUCUCUCUGGACUGUGAUCACGUCAGUCAGACUGCAGAGGAGUUUUACACAGUAAGGUGUCAGGUGGCCGACAUGAAGAACAUCUACGAAUCUCUGGAUGAGGUCACCAUCAAGGACACGCUGGAGGGCGACAACAUGUACACCUGCUCCCAGUGUGGCAAGAAGGUCCGCGCGGAGAAAAGAGCGUGUUUCAAAAAGCUGCCACGCAUCCUGAGUUUCAACACCAUGAGAUACACCUUCAACAUGGUGACGAUGAUGAAGGAGAAGGUCAACACCCACUUUUCCUUCCCGCUGCGUCUCGACAUGACGCCCUACACUGAGGACUUCCUCAUGGGCAAAGGAGAGCGCAAAGAAGGUUUUCGGGAAGAGGGCGAAGCAAAAGUGACGGAGAGCUACGAGUACGACCUCAUCGGCGUCACGGUGCACACGGGCACAGCAGACGGUGGCCAUUACUACAGCUUCAUUAGAGACAUCGUCAACCCACACGCCUACAAGAACAACAAGUGGUACCUGUUCAACGAUGCUGAGGUGAAGCCGUUUGACUCGGCCCAGCUGGCCUCCGAGUGCUUCGGUGGAGAAAUGACGACGAAAACCUACGACUCUGUCACGGACAAGUUCAUGGAUUUCUCUUUUGAGAAGACACACAGUGCCUACAUGCUCUUCUAUAAGAGGGUGGAGCUGGAGGAGGAGAACGGGAAGGACUUUAGUUUUGAUGUCUCUCCUGACCUGCUGGAGUGGAUUUGGCACGACAACAUGCAGUUUCUCCAGGAUAAAAAUAUAUUUGAACACACUUACUUUGGUUUCAUGUGGCAGCUCUGCAGCAGCAUCCCCAGCACUCUACCAGACCCUAAAGUCGUCUCCCUCAUGACUGCUAAGCUCAGCACAUCGUUUGUCCUUGAGACUUUCAUCCACUCCAAGGAGAAGCCCACAAUGCUGCAGUGGAUUGAACUCCUGACCAAACAGUUCAACAACAGUCAGGCCGCCUGCGAGUGGUUUUUGGAUCGCAUGGCUGAUGACAACUGGUGGCCGAUGCAGAUCCUCAUAAAGUGCCCCAAUCAGAUUGUUAGACAAAUGUUCCAGAGGUUGUGUAUUCAUGUCAUCCAGAGGCUGCGUCCGGUUCACGCUCACCUCUACUUGCAGCCCGGCAUGGAGGAUGGCUCCGACGACAUGGAUGGCCCGGUGGAGGACAUUGGCAGCCGAUCCUGCGUCACUCGCUUCGUGAAGACACUCCUGUCCAUCAUGGAGCACGGCGUCAAGCCCCACAGCAAACACCUGACUGAGUACUUUGCCUUCCUCUAUGAGUUCGCCAAGAUGGGAGAGGAGGAGAGUCAGUUCUUAUUGUCACUACAAGCUAUCUCAAUCAUGGUACAUUUCUACAUGGGAACCAAAGGUCCUGAGAAUCCUCAGGUGGAGGUGCUGUCGGAGGAGGAGGGAGAGGAAGAGGAUGAGGAGGAAGACAUCUUGUCUCUGGCGGAGGAGAAGUAUCGUCCUGCAGCUCUGGAGAAGAUGAUCGCACUCAUUGCUCUGCUGGUGGAGCAGUCUCGCUCUGAGAGACAUCUGACUCUGUCCCAGAGCGACAUGGCAGCGCUGACCGGAGGGAAGGGCUUCCCCUUCCUCUUCCAGCACAUCAGAGAUGGUAUCAACAUCAGGCAGACCUGCAACCUCAUCUUCAGCCUCUGUCGCUAUAACAACCGCCUGGCAGAGCAUAUUGUGUCGAUGCUCUUCACCUCCAUCGCAAAGCUGACUCCUGAGGCUGCUAAUCCUUUCUUCAAGCUGCUGACGAUGUUGAUGGAGUUUGCAGGCGGACCACCCGGGAUGCCCUCCUUCGCCUCCUACAUCCUGCAGAGGAUCUGGGAGGUGAUUGAGUACAACCCGUCCCAGUGUCUGGACUGGCUGGCUGUCCAGACUCCCAGGAACAAACUGGCCCACAGCUGGGUGCUGCAGAACAUGGAGAACUGGGUGGAACGCUUCCUUCUGGCACACAACUACCCCCGAGUCCGCACAUCGGCGGCGUACCUCCUCGUCUCCCUCAUCCCCAGCAACUCUUUCCGCCAGAUGUUUCGCUCCACGCGCUCCCUCCACCUGCCGACCCGCGAGCUGCCGCUGUCACCCGACACCACCGUGGUCCUCCACCAGGUGUACAACCUGCUGCUGGGGCUGCUGGGACGCGCCAAGCUGUACGUGGACGCUAGCGUUCACGGCACAACCAAGCUGGUGCAGUACUUCAGCUUCAUGACCUACUGCCUCAUCUCCAAGACGGAGAAACUCAUGUUCUCUGGAUACUUCAUGGACCUCUGGAACCUCUUCCAGCCCAAACUGUCGGAGCCGGCCAUCGCCACCAACCACAAUAAGCAGGCGCUGCUGUCCUUCUGGUACAACAUGUGCGUGGAUUGUCCGGAGAACGUCCGCCUGGUGGUGCAGAACCCUGUGGUGACCAAGAACAUUGCCUUCAACUACAUCCUGGCCGACCACGACGACCAGGAGGUGGUGCUCUUCAACCGCGGCAUGCUGCCCGCCUACUACGGCAUCCUGCGUAUGUGCUGAGAGCAGUCGCCUACCUUCACCCGACAACUCGCCUCGCACCAGAACAUCCAGUGGGCCUUCAAGAACCUGACGCCACACGCCAGCCAGUACCCCGGGGCGGUGGAGGAGCUGUUCAACCUGAUGCAGCUGUUUGUGGCGCAGCGACCUGACAUGAGAGAAGAAGAGCUGGAGGACAUUAAACAGUUCAAGAAGACCACCAUCAGCUGCUACCUGCGCUGCCUGGACGGCCG